AGUUAGCAAUAUUCCAACAUGGCGGUUCAGAGUGAGGGUGGGGGUAAAGACGAUUUGAAAACGCACUUUGCAACACGAGAAGGAGAGUACAAAUUGAUGCCUUUAUCGGAGUAUUCAAAGCCAACGAGAGUGGCCUAUAACGGACAAGCCAAUCCACCUGUCAAAGUAUCUUUCGUGAGAGUCGACGAUGGUUCAUCUUCGCCAGACAGGCUGUGUUUUAAUGUCGGCAGAGAACUAUACGUGUAUGUUUACAAGGGUGUUCGCAAGGUAAACGACUUAUUUCAGGCAGCAGACCUGACCAAACCAGUUGACAAGAGAAUAUAUAAGGGAACAUUUCCCACAUGCCACGACUUUAAUACAGCUACCGUUUCAAGUGACAGCGUCCUUUUAUUAGUGGGUUUUACCCUUGGUCAAGUUCAGCUCAUAGACCCGAUCAAGAAAGAAAUAAGCAAACUGUACAAUGAAGAAAGGUUGAUAGACAAGACGAAGGUUACAUGCAUCAAGUGGGUCCCAGGUUCACACAACCAAUUCCUGGUUGCACACAGCAGUGGUCAGAUGUACCUUUACAAUGAAGAGCUACCUAGUGGCCAGACACCUCCUCACUACCAGCCCUUCAAACAUGGUGAAGGUUUUUCUAUCUUCACCUGUAAAACCAAGAGCACCCGCAAUCCCAUGUAUCGGUGGGUGAUUGGACAGGGAGCAAUCAAUGAAUUUGCCUUCUCACCCUGUUUGCGUUACCUGGCUGUAGUAAGUCAGGAUGGACAUAUGCGUGUGUUUAACUACAACUCGAUGGAACUUGUAGGGACCAUGAGGAGCUACUUUGGUGGACUGUUGUGUGUUUGCUGGUCACCAGAUGGGAAAUACAUUGUGACUGGGGGAGAAGACGAUUUGGUGACAGUCUGGUCAUUCCAUGAGAAGCGUGUUAUUUGUCGUGGCCAUGGACAUCGCUCCUGGGUAAAUGUGGUUGCAUUUGAUGUGCACACUUGUUUGGUCUGUGAUGAAGAAAACUGUGAAUAUGUCAGCAGGGACGUGGAAAGUGUUGCAAUGCAUAAUCAUCUGCAGCAACCCAAUGCAAAUCAUGUAAGCAACAGCAGUGUUAACAGUGGACUUGGAGGGAUCAAAGUGCGUGAUGCCCGUUCAGACUCCUCACAGCAGAAUGGUUCACAUUUAAACUCUAAUCGAAACUCUACAGAGAUUCCUGUUUCGGCAGGUGUGCAUUACACAUCUUACCGCUUUGGUUCUGUUGGACAAGACACAGACCUGUGCUUGUGGGAACUCACAGAAGAUGUAGUUAAACAGCCUUGUGGAAAGAUCCGAACUCCUGGUGGCUUGGGAGCAAAUACUGCAGCCAGCGGUGGAGCCAUUCCUCGUUCCAACAGUGUACCAAACAAUGCCCAGAAAAUAAAUUCUGUAGGCAAUGAUGUUGGGCAUCAUCAUACCCCUGAGGGCACUACACAUCCUAUUCAAAGUGCAGUCUUAAAUGCCACAAAUAAAUUUGCAACACUGUCUGUAGCAGACAGGAAGGAGAGUCAAGAUAAAAAGGAACACAAAAGAAACUUCAGUUUGGCUAGUCGAAACAGCGACCGAGUAGGAUUGCUAUCCAAGUCAAACCAUGUAAAGCCUGUAGAUGAUGCUGUGAAACUUUAUGGGACCCCAGCAUGUCCUCGUUUAGAUGAGGUCCCAGUGCUAGAACCUCUGGUUUGUAAAAAGAUUGCGCAUGAAAGACUGACUUCUAUAGUGUUUCGAGAAGAGUGCGUAGUCACUGCCUGUCAAGAAGGUCUAGUCUACACAUGGGCGCGCCCAGGAAUUAUGGCUCAUGAAUUAAUGGAUUGAUACUGUGAUGGCAAGCGGCCACAAAUGAUGACUGGAAAAGUAGGCAGAAGGACAGAAGCCAUUCAGAAAAUAUAUGUAAAGUAUCUAACAAUCCAGUGUAAAGUGACUCUUUUAAAGUUCUUUUGAGGCUUCUUCUCAGGUGAUCCUGGAGAUGGAUAAUGUCAUGUUAUUGAUUGUGUACAGUCCUGUGGAUUAUUCCCAGGUUAAGUCGUACAUGCCCUGGAGUCGUCAGUGUGUCUGGGGUGUUGUAGGGUUCACAGCGAUUGUGGUUGUGCUCUUGGCAAAUCGUAAAUAGGUGGUUGUGUUACUGAUCAGCAGUUUAGACCAGUUUUAUUUUAUAGGAUGGCAAAUCUUCUGUGAGAUCCAUCCACAAACUAGAUGCUAGAUACAGUCAAAGGGGAACCUUCAGAGAAAGGCAGGGAUGGAGGGUUAGGAAGGAGGCAUUUUUGAGAUCAUGUGAUAGUGAAGAAUGUUUCAGGUAUUGGAACUCUUGAUUUUAUAAGCUAUUGCUUGAUGCCAAAGCACAGACACAGAACUUAUUUGUGGAUCCACUACCACCACCACCCUCACCCCCACUUUUCCGGGUUCUUUCCCAGGGUUUACUUGCACCAGUUAUUCUUCAUGUCAUUUUUGUUGUGUCUGUUGGUUCGGAGCUAAAAGAAUUUUCCACCCAUGUUUAUAAAUUUGUCUUUUAUUAGAUCUUUUUGAUGUUUUAUUUUUGCUUGGGUUUCUUUUCCUGUCCUUUUUUUAUGUUGAUGGAAUACAAGUUGAAUAGAUAUAGCAUGUAAACAGUUGUCAAUUUUAAAAUUUAAUUCUUCAAAUUUUUCUUCUACACUGAAUAAACAUAAAGCUCAUCAUACACCAUUUAUAGAAGAGAGUACUUUCCAGGAUGUUUGACUUUUACGAGAUUAUAGUAUAUUGGAAAUGAGGAAUGAGCUUCAGGGUUUCUGCUAAGGCUAAAUUCUUUGGGGUCCCAGGGACCUUCUUCAGAUUUUUAGGGGGUCCCUGUUCUUCGCCCAAAUUUGAAGGGGACCCCAUUGACGAAAAUUGAAGGGGUCCUCCGAACUUUUAAUGCGUACUGUACGCAAUUUUUUGCGUAAGCAGAAGCCCUGAGCUUAUACAGUAUGGGCAAACCAUGACCCUCAGAUUCUCAUUUGUUAUUGAUGGUGACAGGGAUUUUUAAAUUUAGGCCUCACAUAGAUAGUACCACAGCAUAUUUCUUCAAGUUCCUUGGCAGUCUUCAGAUAGUUCAGUUUGACACUUAGUUGUUACAAAUCCUAGCUGAAAAUGGCAGACACAGCAUAGACAGCCCAUUGUCAGAAUAUACUUAGAAUUUUGUUAGAUAUAUGAAGACUUACACAAUAUUUUUUAAGGGAAUUGUAGGUUUAUAUAAUUUACUUUGUCAUCUUUCUACAACAAAAAAGAGAUAACAAAUUUGUCAGGCAGUAUCAGCUACAAAGAAAUAUAACACUGUAAUAUGGAAGUCUGUGAUCUCCUUUGCCCAUUCUUUCAGUGGUUUGCUCAUAUAUGGUGAUGGUUUCUUUUUAAGUGGUAUUGCUAAUGAUUACUUAGAUCACAAAAUCCAGUCCAUGCAUGUGAAGAUAUGAGCAUCUAUGUACAUGCUUGCACUGACUGCUAGAGCUGCAUAGAAUAAUGCUGGAUGAAGUAUUUAGAUGAUGGUGUUUUUUGGUUCACUAUUCCUCUGCCCUUACAAAUACUUUGAUCUUUUCAAAAUAAGGAUAAAGAAAGCAGUUGCAAAAGAGAAUGCUAAUAUGUUAGUAAAUACAAUAAUAGGUGUGAAAAUGUCUUAACAUUCAAGCAGUUACUCUUUUUUUUUGUGGGGCCAGGAGGGGGUCCAUAGAAUAACACUGUUUUUAAGAUGUCUGCCCUAGAAAUAAAGCUGGGUUUUUUUUGGAUUAUUUGUUGUUUAGUUCUUUAAGUUUCUUUUCAGAAAUCUUCAUUAUUUAUGAAGGUUACAAAAAGUUUUGAUUUGCUUUGAUUUCUUAUCUCAUAAUUUUUUUUUUUUAACAAGAAAUGAUAAAACCAGGGAAGUACAUGACCCAAGCAUGUUGAUGAACAAUCAAGACAGCACUAAAAUCAGUACAUUUGAAACAGAGUUUUAAAACAUAAGGGAUAGUGCUGACACUGGCAUAUUGAUCUCUGGAUUCCUCAAGUUGUUUUUGUCACUGUGUUUUGCUCAUGAUUGCCAAGCAUGAUUGCACGCCCAUAUUAUUUUACAGUUAGUGAUGUGUUUUAAAUAUGCCAUAAGUAUAUCAAAGUUCUGACUACCAGAUAUAGAACUCCUGUGAUUGUUGUUUUAAAAUAAAUUAUUUCAGAAUGGGAUCAUGCCUUAGUUUGUAACGUUUUAUUUAUGCAGCAUGAAUGGAAAGUUGUGGGAGUUUGCAGCAGUUAUGAUCAUCAUUAUUGUUGUCUUUGUCAAGCUUUUUGAAACUCUGAUCUUACAUUAGAAAUAGAGAUUUUCAUUAGGCAUAGAGGUUUGCAUGGAUAUGUGUGUGAUGGUGGGGAUUUUCUAUACAGUAUCCAUGUAAAUAAGGAUAUGGUAUCUUUUCAGCACAUGAAUUUUCUCCUCAAAAAUGAGUAGGUGAAAAGGGAAAAAAUGAGUUAUUUAAAAGUGAUUUGGACUGGAUUGCUUGAAUGUAAUAGUACCUUGAUUGUGAUUUUGUUUUUAAUUUCUUUUUUUGCCAUUUUCCAGGGACAGUUCUUUCACUUUUAUCAAGUGACUGUUGUGUUUCUGAAUGUGCAUGUUAAAACCCUAUGUGUUUAUGCUGAUAAUUUUUUUUAAAAGUCUUAAAAGUCUAGUUAAAAGUCUUAAAGGUGCUGUUUUUGAACUGUAAAUGUGUUCCUUAAGCAAUUGUAUUAAGCCAGUGAAACCAUUGUGCCAUAUUGAAAUCUUUGUGAGAGCUUUGAGCAUUUCCACAUUUCCACUGUAUAAGUUUAUUUAGCUUUCUCCUGACAAUAAAUCACUACAGUUCAAAAACACAAAAAGAAGAUUGGUUAAAUAGAAAGCCUUAAAAUUCAGCUGUGCUUAUCUGAUGACAUGACAAUUUCACUCUGCCACAUAUUUUGAUUAUGGUCCAGUGGAAAUAUGAUCAACAUGAAAUUCUAUCUGAUGUUUGUUCUCUAAAUGGUAAGAGAUGAAAUCUCAAUUAGUGUCCUCAGGACAAAGUAAGCAUUUGAACAUGUUUAAACUGAAAAUAUGAGGUUGGUAAAAUUGAUAACUUUUCUGAUUAGACAGGUUUUAAGAACAUGUUUGCAAUAAACUAAACCAAAAAGUCCUGUUAACCUAGUUUCCUGCACAAGUUUUCACACAUAGAGUCAUAACUUUUUGCUCUCUUGCUGAUAGACAAAGAACCAAGCAAUUCAAUUACUUUCUUCUUUUUUUUAUUCAGCAUAGCUAUUUAUUGGUUGAGUGAGGUUUUCUUCUUUUUCCUUAAAGAUCGUCAUUAAGCAGCUUGUUAACUGAAUCAUCAUUAUGUGAUUCACUUUUAUACAUAUAUUUUGGUUUCAGCAUCUUCAUUUUUUUUUUUUUUAAGUUGUGGGCAACUUAAGUAGCCAAUAUUUUUCAGCAUCAUUUCAGAUGUAUCAAAUGUUUUGGCAGUUGAGUACAUUAACUGCUUUUGAGAGCUUCACGACAACUUAAACGUGGCACUGAAAAGUCUGUUACGCAUAAAACAAAAGAGCAUCACAUUAAAGAUAAUAAAUUGGGGGGGAGUUGGGGGUGAGUGGAAAUGUAAUUUCUUUUUCUUAGAGUCCUCCAACAUCUUUUUGGUGUUUUUCAUGUCUUUAAAAGCAUGUGUUGCUCUCGGUAUCUGGUUAAAUUUGAAAUAUAUUGUUUUGUGUCUGCUGGAUAGAUGACUUUGUUUUAGUACCAAAAUCAGCUUCAAGGAGCUGCUUUGAAACCAGCUAAUAGUAAUAGCAUCAUUUUAAAAAUGGUAGACUUGCUUUGCUAGCUAGUUUUUUUGCAAGUUUUGCCUUAUGAGGUAGAAUUAUUUUUGAGUUUAAGUAAUGAUUCAAAAAUUGUUCUUUGGAGGUGUGAGCAUUUAUACUUGUGCGUGAAAACAUGCCCACAUAUAUUAUAGUCUGAACUGUCUAAAGCAAGUGUGUGAGUUAAAGAGUGUUUUUUUUUUUUCCUAAUUAUUCAGUGAUGCUGAGUGCAAGAUACUAUUUUCACAAAUCUGGUUAAGCUUCUUUUAUACUUGAGACACAUGCCUACAAACUUAACCAUGCACAGAAAGAGCUGGAAACGUAUGUUAAUUAGGCAUAUCAUGAUGUGUAGGUAUAUUUCUUGAAUAUUUUCCAAGGGUUAGUGUUUGAGAAAUAACAUCUUGUAUUUUACCCAUUAAUUAGAAAACAGUUUUUGCACUCCACUCAUUCUGUAAGAAGGAUAUAUGUCGUUUUCAUAUGUGCCAUGAUGAGCCUUGAAUCAGUGGGUGUUAACAGGUGUCUAUGUGUAUUUCUGUAGCUUUCUCCCUGCAUAUAACAAAUGCUUUUGCACAAAGAAUGAACACACAGAUCCUGAAACAGUUGACUGAACAUCCUCUUCAGUUUUUCUUGAUACAGUGACAAAUCAGUUCAGAUUUUUAGGUUGACUACUUAAAAUGUAUUUUAUCUUUCCAUGUUUGUUUUUUAAUGGAAGAGGACACAUAAAUUACUACAAAUCUCAAGAAACUCAAGGGAGAAAUAAUAUUUAUUUGUAAUUAGAAGAAAAAUGUUUUGACUAGUUUGCUAGAUUUAAUAAAAAAACCUAUAUGCAAAGAAUCUUUCACAGAAAAAAUUAGGAAUAAAAUAUAAUAAUCAAAACAAAUGAGUCUGGUUCAAAUCGGUUAAUCAGAAGUAAUUAUGCAUAAGUAGUGUGUAUCUCUUAUUUACUUCGGAUUUUGUUGGCAGUUUUAUUUUUGAGCAAUACUGUCCUAUGAUUUUGUUUCAACCCCUCACUUUUCUACUAUAUAUUUUAGCAGAAAAUGUUAUAAAGGCUGCUGACAAAUGCAUCUUUCAUUAACAAGUUCUUGAUGUUUUUUCUUAUUUCAAUUUGCUUUGACACUUAAUCUAAUGAUUAUUAUCUGGUGUAACAUUGUCUGUGAUGCUUGUUCUUGAUCAGUUAAAAGAUAGAAUGUCUAAAAUCAUGAAGACCUUAAAGCUCUUUGCAUAGGUAAUGCACACUGACACAUGCACAAAAAUAACUAGGAAUUAUGAAUGAAUGAGACAUCUAGCUGGUUGUCAAAGCAUGCCUCUAACAGCAUGAAGCAGUUUAGUUUUUUAUUUUUUGUCCUGUAUAUCUAAAUAAUCGUCUUGAUCUUUUGUGUUAUCAAUAUUUUGCCCCUUAUCUAAUGAUAACUUUCGGUAAGUGCUUUCUUAAGGACUUUAAAAACUGAGGUUAAAAAAGAGCUAGACAUCAGAGCCUACACUCAUGAGCCAUUGGGGGUAUGGGGGCAUGAAUCCAGCUCAGUCUGCUGGUGAGCUUUCUGCUAUAAGCAUGAUCUUGUGUUUGUUACUGUUGCAUUUGACUAGGAAAAAAAUCUUAGCAUAUGUGUAAACUCUCACAAUAAGAACAUUAAUCUUUGGUCAAGGCAGCAUUACAUGCAAGUGCAAUGUACACAUAGUUUUGCAUGAAUAUAAAUCUAUAUGAAUUCUAAAUUUAAAAAAAUUCUCUUGUUCUAAGAAUUUAUCUUUUUGAUAGUACCAUAAAAAAAUUAAAUUUUAAAGAAAAAAUGCAAUGUACACAUAGUUUUGCAUGAAUAUAAAUUUACAUGAAUUCUAAAUUGCUAUUUAAAAGAAAAAGUUAAUAUUUUUUCCAAGUUUAUCUUAGGAAAUUCUGCAUAGAGAAUAAAAGAAAAAUCUAUUGCAUGUUUUAUACUUUUCUUUAGCUACACUGAAAAAAAAUCAGGAUAUGCAUUUCAGGUAUUGCAUGUAAUCUGAUUGCUGUCACAAGUACAACAUUAAUUGUGUGAAAUUUAUUCUUAAUACAUUUUUGUGCAAGCAUCUUUAGGAGUGUCCAUGGGGAUAGAUGCUUUCCUAAUUGUUCAGCUUGGCUUAAAUUUUGUUUACUAUUUUCACUGCCAUAAGACUUUCGUUGUUUUAGAACUACUGUAUGAGCUCAGUUUUUGAUUGAUGUUGUGAAUGAUCCUUUAUUUUUUGGCAAUGUAAAUUAGCAAGUCAUUUCAAAUUGUCAACUUAAAUCCUAGAAUUUGUUCUGUCAGUGUACAAAAAAUAUUUGUGCAAUGCUUGUUUUCCCCUCCCUUUUAGUUUACAAAAAAAUAAAAUGAACGUUAGAAUGGACAGCAUAUGUUGAAAAUGUCUGAACAUGGGGCAUGUAAUGGUUCAUUGCAUUUUUGAUAAACUGUUAUUUUAUUCAUCAUCAUCAUGAUAAAGUGGUCAGUCAUAUAUAUAACAGUUUACAUAAAGCAAGAGUGACAGCUAACAUGUUGAAGUUAUAAGGAUAAAACAUAUGGGAAAAGCAUGUGUGAAUAUGACAAUGCAUGAAGUAAUAAUGAUAAAUGAUAACAAAGACCACAAGACAUGACAUUUCCUAAAUCUUGGUCACUUGAGUAAUUUUCUCAUCUGUGAUACAAUAUGUGUAUCGUAUGGUUAUUGCUGUCAGUGAUAUAUGUUUAGAGAAAUAAUAUAUGUUGUGUCAACUGAAAGAACACAACACUAUGUACAUGUUGAUUGAAAUGUGUUUCUUUGUGCUUGUUAAAGCUUGCAUGGAUUUGUCUGUGAUUAUUUACAGCAUCAUGAUGUUGCAUAAUAUGUGUGACAAAGUGUUUGUGUGUGCAUGCAUGCGUGUGUGCGUAUUGUUUUUUAAAGUCCAAAUUUGCAAGAGAUUGAAUGGCCGCAUUUUAAAAGAGUACAGAUUAAGUUCAGGCAAAUUUGGCAUAUAUCUCAUUAUAUGUACCACUGAGUAAUCCUUGUUGGCAAGAUUUGUAGCUUCUUGUAAGAAAAGAAAAUAAAGCCAUUAUCAGUAGA